AUGCUAAGGCCGGAAUACCAGCAUUUGGCAUGCCCUUCGGUACCCCUGGCUUAUCGCUUCUGGUCAAACUUCCCGACAUGUCCCCCAACCCGCCUGAGAGACUUGGCCCGCUUUACCGACGCACAUGUGUCUGGCAUGACCGUGGACAACUGGCGGGCGAGUUAUCGGGACUUUCUGAGUGAGGACUACAACUACAACGUUUCCCACUUUUCUGGCGGAGACCCGACAUUUCGCCUUUCCAAGGGCGCGCACUCUAUCUUCGCUGGCGUCUUCAUUCAGAAGAUGCCAACGGAUCUGUGGUGUUACCAGCAGGUCAUCCAUGAUCUGCGGCCGACUUACAUCAUCGACUUGGGGAGUUCUCAAGGAGGUAGCACUGUAUGGUUCGCAUCCAUGCUGAAGCUCUUCGAGAUUCCUGGCAAGGUCAUCUCAGUGGACCUGGCUUUGGACCAAGCCUAUUGGCUCACCAAGAAGCGUGCAGAAGCUGCUGUCGAGCGCUUGAAGCUGGAAGAGUUCGUAGACUGGAACUAUGUCGUGGGCGGCUCCAAGAGCAAGGAAGUCAGGGCAAAGGUGAAGCGGCUUUGCAAAGCAGCUCCCUGCAUGGUGGUGUCAGACUCCGAUCAUGACUACGAGCACACGUACCACGAAAUGGAGUGGUACGCAAAGCAUGUGGGCGUUGGUCAAUACUUGAUCGUUGAGGACACUAAUAUCUACGGCUGGACCGGCUGGAUCAACAUCAACGAUCCCAACGAGGCUGAACUUCGAAAAGGGCCCAUGGAAGCUGCCAACGACUUCGAGCUAGCGCAAAGGGCGGACUUUGUGCGGACGGAUUGGUGCGCAAAGCACUACGGAGGACUUUCUCAGACCCAAAAUGGAUGGUUCUUCCGGAAAGCCAAGCGCGCACGGGGAAUCAGCUAA